GACACGUCAGCAACUAUAACCGUGCCCCCUAUCAAAAUCCGAGCCGAAAAAUUUCCCCCAAAAUUCCAAUAAACCCUAGAAAUUAAAAGAGGGGAAAAAAAGUUCUUACCUUUAUCGUGCUUCUCCCCACCGAUUCCCCCGGAAAUCGACGAUUCCGGGGAAGAAUCAGAGAUGGGUUCCCCCGAGAACCCUAAUUGGUACCUGGAUUGCGCCCUGAUCGACGAAUUGCCCGUCGCCGAUGGGGGAUUGUGUUGGAGCGCUCAAGGGUUCAAUUCCUCUUCCAAUGUAAGCUUGGAAACUGAUGGCCCUUGUGUAAAUUCUGGUGGUUCCAAUGAAUCGGGUUCUCGGAAACGUAUAAGGUCAGAGUCCUGCCGCAGGCCUGCUUCAAAAGCAUGUAGGGAGAAAAUGAGAAGGGAUAAGUUGAAUGAGAGGUUCCUGGAGUUGGGUUCUGUUCUGGAUCCUGGAAAGCCACUAAAGGUCAACAAAGAAGCUAUCUUAAGUGAUGCCACUCGUAUGGUUAUUCAGCUGCGGGACGACGCACAAAAGCUAAAAGAUUCAAAUGAGAGUCUCCAAGCAAAAAUAGAGGAGUUGAAGGCGGAGAAAAAUGAGCUUCGCGAUGAGAAGCAAAGGUUGAAGGCUGAGAAGGACGGACUAGAGCAACAAAUAAAGAUUUUGAAUAGUCGGCCCUCUUUCAUACCUCAACCUCCUUUGAUACCAACUGCUUUUGCUGCUCGAAAUCAUUCGGAGGGACAGAAAUUGGUGAUGCCUAUUAUUGGCUACCCCGGGUUUCCUAUGUGGCAGUUUAUGCCUCCUUCUGAUGUGGACACUUCACAGGACACCGAAAAUUGCUCACCUGUUGCUUGAGAUCAUUCCUAAUCAGCCAUCCUGCUCGAGUUGUUCUUCUUCUUUUGUUGCCUGUGUUAAGCUCAUUUGCAAGGCAAAUCUUUCUUUCAUGGUAUGGAUAUUUUAGUUAAAAGGGGAUAGCUUUUGAAUUAAUUGUAAGUUGAAUGUAAAUAAUUCAGCCUCAAUUUUUCAAUUUUAGUGAACAUGGGAGUAACUCUCUCCACCCAGUUUGUUAAUGCAGAGUAUCCCAAAAUUUCUUGCA